AGUGUCCGCCAACUCCAGGCCUCCUCCCAUCCACGCUCUAGGUUGUUUUUGUUGGAAACGCCCUCCUCUUCCUCUUGCUUUCCCCGCCCAUCCUCACUCCUUCCUCUGGAGAAAGUGAGACCCCCGGGCCUGACUGUGCUGGUGCGAAGCGGUUAGCGGCAAGACUUGGAAGCAGCCCAUGUGUCCAUCAGUAGAUGAGUGGAUAAAAAAGCAGUGGGACCAGCUGGACUAACCUAUGAACCAGGAGGCCACGGUUCAAUUCCAGGAUUAAUUGGAAUACCUCAAAAUGUCAGGUGUAGUCCCCACAGCCCCUAAGCAACCUACAGAUGAAAUGGGAAAUCAAUUAAAGUCACCUGAUCCAAGACCUGAUGCCCCUCCAGACUAUAAUUCCCAUUUUGUACCAGGACCCCCUGGAGCAGCUGUUCUUCCACCUGCAGGCUACCCAAGGGGCGUGCCUAUGGGAUAUUAUAAUCCACAGCAGCCCAGUGCCUUCCCGUACUGCCAGCCAACUGGUGGUACACAUCCUAUCCAGUACCAGCCUGGCAACUAUCCAGUGCCAAGUCAGUCUGCUCCAAUAACAUGGAUGCCAGGGCCAACUCUUAUGCCAGACUGCCCUCCUGGUCUAGAAUACUUAACCCAGUUGGACAACAUACAUGUUCUUCAGCAUUUUGAACCUCUGGAAAUGAUAACACGUUUUGAAACUAAUAAUAAAUAUGAUAUUAAAAACAACCUGGACCAGAUGGUGUACAUUGUAACCGAAGACACAGACGACUUUACCAGGAAUGCUUACCGGACACUAAGGCCCUUUGUCCUCCGGGUCACUGACUUUAUGGGCCGAGAAAUCAUGACAAUGCAGAGACCCUUCAGAUGCACCUGCUGUUGCUUCUGUUGUCCCUCCACCAGGCAAGAGCUAGAGGUGCAGUGUCCUCCUGGCAUCACCAUUGGCUUUGUUAUGGACCACUGGAACCUGUGCCGGGCGGUGUACAGCAUCCAAAAUGAGAAGAAAGAAAAUGUGCUGAGCGUUCGUGGGCCAUGCUCAACCUAUGGCUGUGGCUCAGAUUCUGUGUUUGAGGUCAAAGCCAUCAAUGGUGUCUCUAACAUCGGCAGUAUUAUUAGAAAGUGGAAUGGUUUAAUGUCAGCCAUGGGCAAUGCUGACCACUUUGACAUUCACUUCCCAUUAGACCUGGAUGUGAAGAUGAAAGCUAUGAUUUUUGGAGCUUGCUUCCUCAUUGACUUCAUGUAUUUUGAAAGAUCACCACAACAUUCAUCAAGAUAGAUGGACAAAGAAAAUCAGCAGUUAUGGUUUUUUAAAAGUUAGAAAAAGUUGGAUUGGGCUUACAGUCAAUCCUCAAUUAUGUGCCUGCUUUUGAAGAUUACUUUUAUUUCAUGUUAGCUCUGACAGGCAGCCUGAGAGUGUAAGAACACAGUCUAAUGUGCGUUUCAGUUGAGAAUCUGUCUCGUUGUCUACUUGUUAAACUAGGAGUUCAUCCUGAAAAAGCUUUGACUCAUUAACCCAGUAAAUGUAGAUAUGAUGAGCUGGAAAACACUUUAAUAUAAGAUAGGGGAAAAUGAAUCCCAGAGUUCUCACAUUAAUAGCUAACGUUCAUCAACAUAUCUUCUCACCAAUGACAAAUUUGACUCGAGAUGAAAAGAACAAUAUUCUUCAUCUUUAAAAACAAAAGGAAGGCAGGCAGAAGUAUUCUAUUUUAUUGUACAAGGAACAUUUUACCUGUGCACAUGUAUCAAUGCCUCAUUUUGCAAAAUUUUUAAAAGUUUCAAUGGAAAACUUGAUUUCAUUAUCAAAUAAAACUGUUUUUAUCAUAA